CCAUGCCUAUGAACGCUGGGCGAUUGCUCCGCCCUGUGAGCUCAUUCGACUUCCGCGAGCGCGGUACACAAUAAUCCCGGUGGAUAAUGGACUGCUGCCAUAUCGGAGCCUGGGGGUCCUGUUCCGUGACCCCUUCCCUCCUUCGCCCAGUCUGACGCCCUGCCUUUAUUUUCCCUGGUGAUCCCCUUCACUCUUCCUCUCUCUUCCUUCCCUCCUUCGGAUUCAUUCUCCUCAUUAAACCCCCUUGUUGAAAUCGUUUGGUCCGUGACUGUUCCCUGGUGGCACAUAACCGGCAAUCGAUACCCCCAUCCACCAUGAAAGACAUUCGGGGCGAUGAUGACGCCCAGUUGGCGGCCAUGGGCCACAAGGCCGAGCUGAACCGAAACUUUUCGAUGCUGUCAAUGUUAGGCUUAGCCUUUGCCAUUUUAAAUUCAUGGACCGCUCUAUCGGCCAGUUUAUCCAUCAGUCUGCCGUCUGGUGGCUGUGUCAGUGUCAUCUGGGGUUUGAUCACAGCAGGUAUCUGUAAUCUUUGCAUGUCGGCCUCCCUUGCUGAGUUCUUGUCCGCAUAUCCUACUGCUGGUGGACAAUAUCAUUGGGUUGCAGUUUCCUGGGAGAAAUGGAUGCCGGCGCUCUCCUGGAUCACAGGAUGGGCGAAUGUCUCUGGCUGGGUUGCCUUGACCGCAACUGGUGGACUUCUCGGCAGUGAACUGGUUUUGGGUGUUAUCUCGUUGAUGCAUCCCACGUACGUGUCACAGCGGUGGCAUCAGUUCCUGAUCUAUAUCGGCUAUAACAUCAUUGCAUUCCUUAUCAAUGCCUUUAUGAACUCGCUUCUUCCCCUGUUUACCAAGGGUGCCUUUAUCUGGUCCCUUACUGGGUUCACUGUCAUCUGCAUCACACUUCUAGCAUGCGCCUCGCCCAACUACAGCUCCGGAGAGUUCGUUUUUGGAAAGUUCAUCAACGAAACAGGCUGGCCUGAUGGUCUUGCUUGGCUGCUUGGUCUGCUUCAAGGAGGUUUGGGUCUCACUGGCUUUGACGGCGUUGCCCACAUGAUCGAAGAAAUUCCCAACGCCUCGGUCGUAGGACCCAAGAUCAUGAUUGGCUGUGUCGGUAUUGGAACCUUCACUGGAACAAUCUUCCUGAUCGUCCUGCUUUUCGUUGCCGGAGACAUCUAUGAAGACAUCAAUUCCACGGCCACGCCUUUGCUGCAGAUCUUUGUCAAUGCGACAAAGAGCAACGCUGGAGCUAUCUGCCUCCUUAUCUUCCCUCUCAUCUGUGUCCUCUUCGCUGCUAUCACGAUCAUGACAACCAGUAGCCGUAUGAUCUACGCGUUUGCAAGAGACGGCGGUCUUCCGGCUUCUCCCUUCUUCAGCAAGGUGCAUACCAAGCUUGAGGUUCCUCUGAAUGCGUUGUACCUCACCAACAUCUUGGUCAUCAUUUUUGGAUGUAUCUUCUUGGGCUCCUCGAGCGCGUUCAACGCUAUUGUGUCCGCAUCGGUGGUCAUGCUUGAUAUUGCGUACGGCAUUCCAAUUGCCGUGAAUUGUAUUCGGGGUCGAAAGAUGUUGCCUGAACGGUCAUUUGUCCUGCCAAACGUCGUUGGCUGGAUUGCAAACUUGGUCUCUCUUGCCUACGUUUCUGUCACGACUGUGCUUUUCCUGUUCCCCCCAGACUACCCGGUUACUGGAAGCAACAUGAACUACUGUGUGGCCGUAUUUGGCAUCAUCCUUAUUGUGUCACUGUUCCAGUGGUUCAUUGAUGGCCGUAAGAACUUCACCGGGCCGCGGAUGGACGUGGAUGUCAUAUCUGGGCAGGUUACUACGGGUGGUGAAGCUACUGAAGAGGUUGUUCAGCAUACCGACUUCCAUGAGAAGUGAGGCAUGAGAGUAAUGGGAUAGGUGCUUUGGAAUAAUUGGGACAGUUCUGUACAUAACACGGCGUCACGGAGAAUAGAGUUCUGCGGAAACGCAUAUUCACUUGAA